AUUUUCCCUCUCAUACUGUGAGAACGCGUAGAAUCGCAUCUCUCCAAGUGGACGCGCGGUCGGUUUGGUUUCACAACCCGAUUGAUUCGGUCGUGUCCGCACAGCGCCGUCCAUCCGUCCUCACGCUUCUCAGCAAGAACUGAUGCACUUCUUUGCAUUUUGUCUGUGGCAAUGGGACCAUAAAUGACCAAAUUCCAUCGCAUUGAAUAAAAUAGAAGUAAACAAAUACGACCAGUGAAGACACCUCACAAAAGAAGUGGACAUGGAGACGCCGCGCAGAGGAGAUACGCUAUAACAGACUGAACAAACCACAUCCAGGAUUUACUUCUCGACUUGAACACUUUUUGAACAAGGGUUAUAGAAUUUUUCUUCUGCUAGAUAUCUUUGUUACAUGCAAGCAUGAACCGAAAGGAGAUGAGCUCGUGUUUGAGAUGCUGGAGCGUGCCAAUACUCUCUGUCCUUCUGCUGGUCUUCUUGACGCCGCUGUUUGCACAUGGUAACUCUGUGGUGGGAAAUGAAACCGAAUAUUUUGACAGCUCGGGUUGGCAGUUGGCGGAAAACACAGCAUAUUGCAGCCAUGGAAGCCAGCUGGGUCAGAGAUCACAGAUUCUACCCAACCUAAAAAGCAUCGGCAUCCACCUAAAAAGCUCUAUGACCAGAGGCAUAUUAAAACAAUUCAUCAACUAUCCUCUGCUCUCAAACUCUGGGGGCGUGUCCGGAAGGGAGGAUGAAGGCCGAGGUGGGAAAAACGAAUUAUCAAUUUGGUGGAAAAGGCUUGCAUAUAUUUCCCUUUCUCUGUCUUGCAGGUGCAACAUCCAGGACUACAUGUGGCACAAGGGUGCCCGCUGUGAAUCGGUCAUCACGGAGUUCCAGGUAAUGUGCAUCGCCAUCGGGGCCUCCGCUCUCAUGGUGCUCCUGCUCUUCAUGAUCGUCGUUUGCUUUGCCAAGAAGCUGCACGUGCUCAAGACUGAGAAUAACAAGUUGCUCAAGCGCAGCAGUAAGUACCGUCCUUCCUCGGAGCACCACAAUGAUAAUUUCUCGUUGUCCACCAUCGCUGAGGGCUCCCAUCCAAAUGUAAGGAAACUUUGCGACACCCCUCCUAACCUCCCUCAUGCCCGUGCUUUGGCUUACUAUGAUAACAUUAUCUGUCAGAAAACCAUGAGCAGAUACACCUGGGAGUGUAAGACCAAAGAGGAGCCCGACUGUGAGGAUGAUCCUAAUUCCCAGAACAAGCUGGAGGACCCCGUGAAGGCGCCCCCACCCAAAGAGGACGAGUCGCUGAACAUCCAGAACUCACUCACCCCUAAGCACGAGAACCAUAAGGUGCUGGGCGAGGAGAACUCUUCGGAGGUAAACUCGCUUCAGAACAACAUGAUGUAGAACAGAAACAAAAGCACCCUACGCAACCACGUCCACGAUCACUUAAAGCAUCGAGCAGCAGACGCUACGAGCAGCCACACCCACCACACCAUCACCACAUGACAGAAAACUUUAAAAA